AUGAGUAAUGUGGAGAUACCUGCUGGUUUAAAGGAGCUUUUACAGGGAUACACUGUGGAGGUGCUUCGCUGCAGGCCGCCAAACCUGGUGGCAUUUGCAGUGCAACAUUUUACACAACUUCUGGAAAACCAAAGGAACCAGCCAGCCAAGAAACACAGACCAGCGAGAAAAGAAGUCUCGUUUGAGCUAAACAAGUCCCCAAAGGAUGAUGAAGAGGAGGAGGAGGAAGAUGACAUUAAGUCGACCAUCGGUAAAUACAGUCGCAGAGUUUCAGUUUGUGCAGAGGCCUACAACCCUGAUGAUGAUGAGGACGAUGACACGGAGCCUCGGGUUGUGUAUCCCAAAACAGACGAGCAGCGACGCAGACUUCAGGACGCCUGCAAAUAUAUUUUACUCUUUAAAACUCUGGAGGGGGAGCAGUUUUCUGAGGUUCUGGACGCCAUGUUCGAGGUGCUGGUCAAACCUCAGGAGCACAUCAUCGAUCAGGGAGAAGACGGAGACAAUUUCUACGUCAUAGAGAACGGUGUGUAUGAUAUUUUUGUGAAGAAGGAUGGAGGGGAUUUGUGUGUUGGAAAGUACGAUAACAAGGGGAGCUUCGGUGAGCUGGCUCUGAUGUACAACACUCCACGAGCUGCCACGAUCGUCGCUACGCAGGACGGCGCCCUGUGGGGCCUGGAUCGAGCCACGUUUCACAGACUGAUCGUGAAAAACAACGCAAAGAAAAGGAGGAUGUACGAGGCCUUUAUCGAGUGUGUUCCUCUUCUGAAGUCUCUCGAGCUCGCUGAGAGAAUGAAGAUCGUUGAUGUUUUGGGAGCACGUGCGUUCAAUGAUGAAGAGCGAGUAAUAACACAGGGGGAUCAGGCCCACUGCUUCUACAUUGUGGAAUCUGGAGAGGUGAAGAUAAUGAUUAAAAGCAAAACGCAGGCGAGCCAGCAGGACAGUGCGGAGGUGGAGGUGGCUCGCUGCACUAGGGGGCAGUAUUUUGGAGAACUUGCGCUGGUCACCAACAAACCUCGAGCAGCUUCAGUUUACGCGAUGGGAGAAACCAAAUGCUUAGUCAUCGACAUCCAGGCGUUUGAGCGUUUGCUGGGCCCUUGUAUGGACAUCAUGAAGAGGAACAUCUCCCAGUAUGAAGACCAGCUGGUGGCGCUGUUCGGCUCCAGUGUGGACUUGAAACACUAG